GAUUAAUCGACUAGGAGGGGGGAAGUAGUCAUCUGGGACUCGACUGAGGCGCUUGGGCUGCGGUCCCGGAGAUUUUUUUGCUCGUUAUGUCGGGAAUGCCGCGCGGGGCAGCUCAGAAUGAGGGAGGGAAGAGGGAAGGGGGAGAGGAGGGGCCUGGAGCUGCUGCCGCCGCCUCGCCUUGUAUUACAGGUCAUGUAUACAGAGUUGUUCAAACUACUGGGCUGGAUGGAAAAAACCUUCUGAAAUUGCUUCCAGUUUCUAAACAUAUAGGCAAUUUUGUGUCCUUGGUUCAAUCACCAGUCAUAUCUGAUAACGCUAAAGGGAAAAUCUCAGUGUCUGGUCAUGGUAAUCUUAAGAAUCUCUUUAUAAAUACAACUACAUCUUCAUUUGUUAAAAGCAAUGAACUUCAGACAGCUAUUCCUGGAAAAUUAAUUUUACCAAAGCCAUCAGGUCAAAUGGAAAAUGUGAAAGUUGUAAAAGAGAACCCAACUACACCAGCUUCUAGCAUUCAGAGUAAUUAUCAUUCAGCUGGUAAUUCCUUGCAAAAGGAUGUUGUCUCAGUUUGCUCAGACAAGAGAAAUGCAGAGCACAUACUUGUGAAUAAAAAAAAUAACCCAGUUACUGUGACAUCUCCAGUACUGCCCUCUGGACAUCACCUCCAAAUACCAGCUCAUGCAGAAGUUAAAACUAUUCCAGCUUUUUUGCCUCCAGCAAUUCAACAGAAGAUACUGGCAGCGGCAGCAUCAAAUGCUUCUGGGACAUGUGAAGUUACAAAUGCACCAACUGUUAUUUAUGUGUCGCCCGUAAAUACAGUGAAAACAGCUGCUAAACCAUUGCAAAAUAUAUGUCCAAAACCUGUCACAGAAGUAUCAAAACCGUUAGUACUGACAGUAGCACAAACGGCAGCCAAUAGUUCUGCCCUGUCAACAUCUGACAGCCCCAAAAACCAGUCAGCUCCUAUGAAAUGGGUUGUCCAAGAAAGCCCACAGUCAUCAGCAUCUUGCCUUGUUUCUGUAAAGUCAUCAAAUACAGUGGCAUCAAAGAUCUUAAAAACUUUGGCUGAUACGAAGAAUGAAAAAGAUCCUGACAGUUUUCUGCCUACUUAUUCUAACAGCCUAAAUGAAAGCCAAGCAAAAAUGUCUUCUGUCAAAGAUAAUGCCCUGGUGAUGUACGAUGGGAAGGUGCAUUUACUGACUAAAAAAGAGACAAGCAUUACAUCAGCAAACAAAUGCAGCAAACAAGCAUCACUCAGUGCUGAAAACUUCAGAAAACAUACAUUACAAUUAUUUAAUUCAGCUGCAGAUAGUACAAUAACCAAUCAAGUUGUCAAUCUAGUAUUAUCAAAAAGCAAAGGGAUUGCAUCUUAUGCAAAUGAUCCCAAAUCCAGUGAGAAUAUGAGACCUUACCCACAGUCUGAACUAAAGAGUUUCAAAGCUACAUCCUCAUCUUUUAUAUUACCCCAUGGGAAUCCACAAAUAAGCAGUACCAGCAAACAUGAGUCUGUCUCUGAAUUGGAAAACAUUGCAGUUGGAAUGGAGAUUGCUCAAAAAUCAGUCACAAAAGAAAGCACAAACUAUAACGUCUUACAGAAAAUUAUUUCUCCAACAGUAGCUGUUGCUGCUUCACAGCCUUUUACAAUGCGUGAUGCUUCUAAAGAAGAAGAGCAAAAGAUUGAGAAGAUGAUCUUGGGAAUAGCUGUUCAGGUCAAGCAUAGAAAAGAGCAACGCAGAAAACAGUACCUUGAGUUGAGAAAGAAAUUUGGUCUGUAUAAAGAAGAGAGAGUAUAUCUGAAGAGGGUUCCUUUGUCAGUUGAUCUUACAAGAUCAGAAGCAAUUGCGCCUUCCAGCAAUGUACAAAUGAGUGACUCUUGCAAAUUGCCACAAGCAGUACCAAUUAAACCUGGACCUGAAGAAGAGGAAAGGAUAAUUGAGGAACAGGAAGAAGAGUUGAAUAUAAAGAGGAAGGGAAAAACACUACCAAUACUAGAAAAUGCAAAGAGGCAAAACACAGGAGUCAGAUCUAUGUUGAAUGCAAAUUUGGAAUGCAGCAACUUUUAUUCAGUAAUGGAUGACCCAACUAGCCCUUGCAAGCAAGUUGAUUCACAGCAAGAAAAUCCUGUAAGCUUUUUGCAGUUUUCACAAAUGGCAGACUCUGACUCAAAUCAUUGUGUUGAAAGUAAUGAAGUGAAGAAAAUUUCAAGUCCUACUUUACAGGGCUGUGGAAAUGAAGCCCCUUCAAGUGAAGGUCCUUUCAGAGAACACAUAUUUUCAUUUAACCCCCCGGAUUUGGAGGAGACAAUACGAGAUGAAAAAAUAACAAGGCUUAAACGCCUGCUGAGGGAACGAGAGGCAGCACUAGAGAAGAUUCGUAAAAAAAUGCAGCAGAUGUGACAAGCCUCGUCCUUACUCAGUCCAAGAUUUGCCUUUGGUUCUUUGACUUCCUAAAAAAUCGCUUCCUAGCUUUAUACAUAAGUCAUCAUACAAAUCAACUAGUGUUUUUAUGUUCACAUGAUAUUAAGGGAUGCAAGAGAAAUAGAUUAACCUAAUGCCAUGGAGAAUGCAAGUCUACCAGAACAUAGCUUGCCGAAAAUGUGAUUUGGUUAGUUCAAUAUAUUAUCUCAUUUUUACAGUAAAUGCAGUUUAUAUUUUUGUUGGUAAUUGAGCCUGUUUAUUAGAAGGAAAUGUAAAUGAUGUUUUUCAAUUGUAUACAUUUUCAAAGCAUAUGCCUACUUUAUACAGAAUGGAAGAGCCUAGUGAAAGUUUGGUUUAGAAAAAUUGUUAGUAUUUAACUUAUUCAAAUACGGUACUUGUUUUUUAAAAAUGGAAUAAAUCGUCAGUAAAAUGGGGUAAUAGUAGAGAAUUCCUCAAGGUUAUUUAGUGAUAAAAGUUUGAUUGUAUUUCCUUAAAUGUACUAGUUAGAAAUUUAAAUUUUGUAACUUCAUCAGCAUCAGUUUUUAAUUCAAACAAGUGAGAUCUGCAAAAAAUGUUAUAGAGUGCUCUUGUUCAGGAUGCUUCCCAGCCAACCCUGACCUUUCCAGGAUACUGCAUUCCAUUACUCUGUGGAUACUGCAUUCCAUUACUCUGUGAAGCUACUGUCCUAUUUAAAGUGUGUGUGUGUGUGAUACUGAAAAUUCAUAAAGGCACAGAGUAUGUACAUUCCUGCCACAAAAUAUUUCAGCAUUGUUCCUGAUUUUUUUUACACUCCAAAAUUUAAUUGCGCUUAAACCAUUGGCCACAAUGUCACACAGAAUAGCUUCCCUCAGGUUGUUAAUAUUGGUAAUCCAUUAAUAAUCAGCUACCUUGACUUGUAAAUAAAUGCAACUGAUUUUAAUUGUUUUGGUUGUCCAAAAAUGCAUACAAACAAAUUAAUGUACCGUAACAACCUUUUUCCCCACUUGCCUAGUAUUCAGGUCCUGAUGCUGCUUCAGCUUAUACUAUGCAAAGGGAGGCAACCCCUUCAGCUGUGCAUUCAGUCGGUUUGAGUUCUGUUGACAUUGGUGGUACCAUAAUCUUACUAUUUAUGAAAACACCAUUUUUAGCUUCUGUCUUUCUUGGUUGGUACCUACUUAGAUUUUCCAAAUGUAGAAUAUAGAAACUGGUUCUUCAACAAGGCAUAGGUUUCUGAUUAAAACAUCCACUAAAGUUUAGAACAGGCAUAUCUCAAAUUAUUGUUCACUCCUACAAAGAGUCUAAAUACUGCCUGAAUUAUGACAGGCUGAAGGGGGAGUAAUAAAAAAAAGUCAUCAGUAGUUUUGGAAGGAAAGUGCCAUGUGUUAUUUAGCAAAGGUGGAAAAAAAGAUUCCAGAGAAUAAAUCUAUUUACUCCUUAACAGAGUCAUAUGGGAAGUGUCUAAUCAAAAAUUUGCACUGGAGAGAGAACCUAUCAAUGUGCUGAACAUGUGAAAAGCUCCUGUCAGUUACUCCACAAUUCCUAUGUAAGAUUUUUUUUAAAAAGUAGUUGGUAUCCUUCAGUUUGACUUUGCUUUUUCUGGAUGAAACAGAAGUGGCCCCAUUUCUUUCUCCAUAAAUGGGCAAUUCAACAGUAGUUAGUCUUGUCACGGCACUUGCUAACACAAGCCCUUGUAUAAACAAAUAAAUUGUGUUGUGUGGGGGCACUGUAACACAAUUUUGGAUAGUUCUGCUUGGAGACAGUCCAAAAUGACUUGAUGUUCACAUUUUUAUAGAAACAAAUGUGUAAAGAAUUAAUGUGGAAUUGAUGUAAUUGAUUAUUUUUUGCUUUUUGGAAGAAUAUGACAUCUUAUAUUUUCUUAAAACUCUGUUUGCAUCACUGGCCUUAAAGUAAUUAUCCUAUCUCACCACAUGGUAAUGAAGGGAUUCUUUUGCUUUUAUGACAUUUGGUUUAGAAUUAUUAUAAACAGAUAGAUGUAGAGAGAGAGGAUGUAAGAUGUUUGUAUUUUUCUGAAUCAAUUUUUGAGAGAUUUCUUGUUCAAGAUUAUUUUAUUUAAGUCCAUUGCAAAACAGUUAUUUCAAAGGUGCAUCCUACAGUCACAAGGACCCUUGCAUAGAGAUGUGAAGGCCUGGAAAAAACGUGGAAAAAUUCAGAAAAAGCCUUUUUUUCUGAAAAAUUGGAAAAAAUGGAUUGUGGAUUGUUUUAUUUUAUCACGAUGAAUAAAAUGUUCCACUGGCUCUUGCCCACC